AUGGUAUCUACUGAUGAUAUACUGAAUUUAAAAAAAUGGUGGCCUCCUUUAUACAAAAAGAUAGUUCUGUCAGAUGAUAGUAAAGGCAAAAAGAUACCUAAAGAACAGAAACUAUCUUUCACGCCAUCACAGUUUUAUGAAUUUUCAUAUUCCUCGGAGCAUCCUGGUAAAGUAGUUACAAAUACUUUUAUUGGUGGUAUUAUGAAGAACUCUUUUGAUUUAUUACAGUGUAGACAACUCAAAAUUUGCAUUUCUUCUAUACCUCAAGCAUAUCCUGCCGGUAAUGUGCCCAUGAACAAAAAAAAAACUAGACAAUAUUAA